AUGUUGGCCUCUAGAAUCCAGCGCAGGGCUUUCUCUGCCUCUGCCCGCAACCUCUCCAAGGUUGCCGUCCUCGGUGCUGCCGGUGGCAUCGGCCAGCCUCUUUCUUUGCUUCUCAAGCUGAACCCCAAGGUCACCGAGCUUGCCCUGUACGAUAUCCGCGGCGGACCCGGUGUCGCCGCUGACCUUUCCCACAUCAACACCAAGUCCAACGUCAAGGGAUAUGAGCCCACUGCUGCUGGUCUCGCCGACUGCGUCAAAGACUCCGACAUCGUCCUCAUUCCCGCCGGUGUCCCCCGUAAGCCCGGCAUGACCCGUGACGAUCUCUUCAACACCAACGCCUCCAUUGUCCGCGAUCUCGCCAAGGCCGUUGCCGAGUCUGCUCCCAGCGCCAAGCUCCUCGUCAUUGCCAACCCCGUCAACUCGACUGUCCCCAUCUGCGCCGAGGUCUUCAAGGCCCGUGGUGUCUACAACCCCAAGACCCUCUUCGGCGUCACCACUCUGGAUGUUGUCCGUGCUAGCCGCUUUGUCUCUGAGAUCAAGGGCACCGACCCCAAGGACGAGAACAUCACUGUCAUCGGCGGCCACUCCGGUGUCACCAUCGUGCCUCUCUUCAGCCAGAGCAACCACCCUGACCUGAGCUCCAACGCCGAGCUCGUCAAGCGUGUCCAGUUUGGUGGUGACGAGGUCGUCGAGGCCAAGGGCGGUGCGGGUUCUGCCACCCUCUCCAUGGCCAUGGCCGGUGCCCGCAUGGCCGACUCUCUGCUCCGUGCUGGCGCCGGCGAGAAGGGUGUCAUUGAGCCCACUUUCGUCGACUCGCCCCUCUUCAAGGACCAGGGCGUUGACUUCUUCUCCAGCAAGGUCGAGCUGGGGCCUGACGGUGUCAAGAAGAUCCUGCCCGUCGGCGAGAUCGACGCCGCUGAGGAGAAGCUUCUCAAGGCUUGCCUGGGUGACCUCAAGAAGAACAUCGAGAAGGGUGUCGCUUUCGUUGCCCAGAACCCUGGAAAGUAA